AUGUAUUAUUCGCGAGCGUUACCCGGAUGUAAAUGGCUCUGUGGUUUUGCUUUUGUACUACUCCUUACAGUAUCAUACGCUGGACGACACUCUUUUCGACAGCUUUGCAUAACCGAAGGUCAACAGCGGGGACGCUGUGUACCGGUAAAGCAGUGUGAUAGUGUACUGGCAACGAUUCGCAAAGAAGUCCUUACAAACGAAGACAUUCAGUACCUGUACGGUACGGAAUGUGGUCGAACGCCGGAUGGAAGAGCCCUUGUCUGUUGCCCUCAAAGUUCAAUUCUUCCUAUCGGGGUAGAGAAUGGGACUAAUACAACCAUCCGGGUGAAUGCCGAAGAGAAUCGCCCUAUGGAAGCUGUUGUAGGAUCAUCGCCAAACGUGUGUGGUUUCCAAUCGGAAGUGAAAAUGACUAACUAUACCAUCGGCCAUCAUCCUUGGACUGCACUGCUCCACUACGGAAAUCAGGCAUACGAUAGCAAGUACAACUGCAGCGGUACACUUAUCGCACCACAGUACGUGCUAACGGCGGCAAGCUGUGUGGAUGAUGUUGAAUCUUGGUCAAGCUUAACAGUGCGACUUGGUGAAUGGGAUCUAGAAUCUGCGGUAGAUUGUAUUGUGUCCCCAGACAGUGACGAUCUCGUGUGUGCCGAACCUUCGUACGAUAUCGCAGUGACGCAAGUCAUAAUGCACGACGCAUAUACCGGUCGGCGAAACGAUAUUGCUGUGCUGAAACUUUCCCAACCCGUCGCGCUAAGUGAUUGGAUAUUCCCCAUCUGUCUGCCAGAAUCUCCCGUGAUUAAUGAAGCUCUGACAUACAGCGUUGCCGGCUGGAACCAGAACACGUGCGAGACUUCAGGCAGUCGGUACAAGCUGCUCACCAACUUUAGCCCACUGAAUCAAACUGCCUGUCAACGGUAUGUGCCCUCGGUUGCAGGAACAUCGUACAACUUCGUCUGUGUUGAUUCCGGCGAGCAAACGAUUGGUGAUGCUGGAGGUGCUUUGACGGGGAUGAAAAUGAUCAACCCCGAUCCACGACGACCAGUGUACGAAAUUGUUGGUGUGCUUAGUUCGCUGUCGAGCUGUGCGAAUUUCGAUGGUGUAUCGGUUUACACCCGCGUCGGACAGUACGUGGACUGGCUCGACAGCAAACUGAAACUAUAA